CUAGGGUGGAAAAUGAACCCAGUACCGCGCGCCGGAACGGCACCUUAUCGCUUUCUCUUUUCUUCCUCCUAGGGUUUCGUUUGCGACCUCCAGGCCGAUCUCGAUCUCGAUCUCGAUCGAUUUCUAGGGUUUCGCUCGGAUCGAGUCCCUUUGGCCAUGAUCGUCGAUCUCGGCCUCUCAGGUCUCCCCUCCUCCGCCGUUCGUCGCUCGAUUUCGCACGUUUCGGAGCUCGCCAUGUUUUUCUAGUGGUCAUCUCCGAUAACGAGUUCGCAAUGGAGAGUAAUCCGGCCACGGCCGCGAUCGAUUUGGAUUUCGUUGGGGUGGAAGACCCCCAAGAAGGAUCUAGCGUUUCUGACGAAACCGCCGCUAGUGUUCUUGCGGAGAUCGAUCCGCCGGCGGCGGAACGGAUUUCGGAUAACGCAAGGACCGAUCUAUCUCCGGGAGAUGCCAGGAUGGAGGUAGAGGCAGCUAGGGUUUCUGAAUCCGAGGCCGCCAUAGAGGGUUCUCCGCCUGUGGAUGCCGGAAUCGAGCGAUCGUUGCCAGCACAGGAGAAAACUUUGGUCUCGAAUCAGCCUCUGGCCCCACAGCCGGUUUUGGCUCCACAGGCGGCGGCGCCAUCGGAGAUCUGGAUGCAUGGCUUCGAGAUUGGAGACAUGGUCUGGGGGAAGGUGAAAUCCCACCCAUGGUGGCCUGGGUACAUCUUCAAUCUUCCUUUCGCCCCUCCCGAUGUUCGGAGGUCGAGGAAGCUGGGCCAUGUCCUCGUCGCGUUCUUCGGAGACAGUAGCUACGGUUGGUUCGUUCCGGAUGAGCUCAUCCCUUUCGAUCCAUAUUACCUGGAGAAGGCAAAGCAAACGACAUCGAGGAAUUUCGUCAAGUCUGUUGAUGAGGCUGAGGACGAGGUGAGCCGGAGAGCGGCCCUGGGUCUGACUUGCUGCUGUCGAAAUGCAAAAAACUUCAGGUAUUUUGGUUUCCCUGGGUAUGUCCGUGUUGAUGUGCCGGGCUAUGAGCGAGGGGCGGAGUAUUCUAUGAAACAGAUUCAGGUUGCCAGAGACAGCUUCGUGCCUGAAGAUGCGUUGUCGUUUCUGCAGCGGUUGGCGUCGGCCCCUCGAAGCGAGGAGCCUGAGGAUAUCGAUUUCAUCAGGAGCAAGGCCAGGUUGCUAGGUUACAGGAAGGCACUGUAUGAAGAGUACGACGAGACUUAUCCGCAAGCCUUCGGAAUAGAGCCUGUGCGGCCGUCGCCAACUGAUACUGAAACGCCAGAUCAGCCUGAUUACUUUGCGCCCAGAGCCAUCCCACUCAGCGGUCAGCUCAGGAUUGCGGAAACCCUAGGCGACAGGAGGGUCACAUCCUCAUCCUCCCGUCCUGUUAGUAAAGCUCCCAAGGUUCCCUCUUCGUCAUCAAAGAAGAACAAGUACGUCCUGAAGCGAAGAGAAGAGCGAGGAGAGCAGCAUGCGAGCUCCAUUGGGGGCCCCUUCGGGCCUUCUCCAUUGCCUGACCUCCGUUCACCUCACGGGACGACGCCGGCGCCUCCCGUCCACCACUUCAACUCCCCCCAGGCCAGCAACUAUGUACUUCAGAAGAGGCCUCAGUUAACGUUUGAAGGUGUGCAGAAGGAAACGAAGUUGGUAGCUGGACCGAGUGGCUCCCCUAUGGGCACGAUAACCAGCUCUCAGACCCAAGCUUUUGAUGAGCGGAGGCUGAAGAAUGCACCAUUGGUGACUGAUGGAAGGAUGGAGACCGAGCCUGGACGAGUGGAUGAUCGCAGCAACAAUUUCAGAGAGGAGGCGAAAUCUGCAGUUGAUUUGCCUGCAGAGGAGGGCUUGAAGGCCCAGGCGCCUGUGACGGCAGCUGUGGAUAGAGUUAUGAAGAAGGACAAGGUUCGUAAGCGCCCGAGGGAGGAUGGUGGUUCUGUUGGACCUGAUGACACUGGGGACAUCAAAAAGAAGAAGAAGAAGAAGAAACAUAAAGUCCUCGAUGUCGAAGCUGUGUCCUCUAAAGAUGGAGGAGAAUCUCGUGCGAAGGUAGCCGGCAAGUCAAUUGGUAAUGGGCUCGGACAUGGAGAGGUUGGCCGAACCGAGUCACAGAGGCGAGAUGAUGGAGUUGCGAGAACUUCAGAUCUCAGUAGUGCUUCUGCACUGCAGCCCAGAGGGGAUCUGAGCUCUCUCAAUCUUGAGUUUCCUCAGCUAUUGAGCGACCUACGAGAACUAGCAAUGAAUCCUUUUUAUGAAACCGAGCACAAUGCUCCGAAUAUUGUCCUUCAAGUAUUCUGCAAGUUCCGGAUACAGGUGUAUCAGAAGUCGGUCGUCCCGGCCGCAAGCGAGCCUGACAUGGCUGAUCUCCGAGCCACUAGAGCAGCAGCCGGUCUCUCACUGCAGAAGCCUGGUUCUGGAAAUGCUGACAUUGCCUCUAUGAAGGAAGCAAAGGAUCACAGAGGGCCUUCAUCUGCCUUGAAGCCAUCGAAACCUGGACUGAAGUCCGAUGAUCCGACAAAAGCUGGCCGCAAACGGGGCCCUUCCGACCGGCAGGAAGAGUUGAAUGCAAAGAAGGUGAAGAAAAUGAAUCGACUCAAGGCACUGGCUACUGAGAAGAAGGCUGGAAUCCACGAGAAGAUGCCAGAGUCACAGCAGCGAAGCCAAAAGGAAUCAAGCACAAUGACAGCAACUUCAGCAGCUUCAGCAAAGCCUAACAAUAAGGCCGCGGCAGAGCCUGUCAAGAAGCAAGAGCCUCCCCCACCGCCUCUGACAUUCUCUCCAACAGCUUUGGUGCUGAAAUUUCCGCCGAGGACGACGCUUCCAUCGGUUGCAACUCUCAAGGCAAAGUUCGCCCGGUUUGGUUCGCUGAUUGAAGGCGCCACCCGUGUAUACUGGAAGUCUUAUUCCUGCAAGGUGGUCUUCAAGCACAAGCCCGAUGCACAAGCAGCCAUCAAUUAUGCUCGGAAAUAUGAUCUCCUCUUUGGUCAGUUCAAAGUUCAGUACCAUAUCCGUGAGCUCGAUCCCUCUACACUCGAACCACCGUCUGAUACCGGGUGGCUGCGGCCGAUGGAGUCGCGUCCCAAUGAUGGCUCGACCAGGCCUGGAAAUGGUAGCAAUGGAAAUGGUGGUUCUCUGCCUCAGCCGCGGGCUUUACCAUAUCAGCAGCAGCGAGGGGCACCGGCAGGCCAGCUGAAAUCUAUCUUAAAGAAACCCGGCGACGAGGGCGGUCCAUCUGCGAGCAGUGCUGCAAGAGAGGCUCCGCAGCGGGUGACAUUCUUACUUGACAGCGACAAUAGGGCGGCGCCGCCGCCUGUGGUGGCUGCCGGCGGCGAUGGCAGUUCUGGGAGUCAUGCUUCUUCUGGAUCCUCAUCUUCUAGCUAUGCAGCCGGGCCUUCAUCAUCUAUUCCUCAAUUGGAUCCUAUUACUAUUAGGAAUCCAAGAUCAGCAGCUGCUGGAAUUCUUCCUACGCCGCCGCCGUUGUUACAUUCCCCUCUUUCAAACCCUCCUCCUCGUACCUUGGACAUGCAACAUCUUCCACCACCUCCACCACUCCCACAAUCCAUUUCACUUCCACCUCCACCUCAUGUCAUUGAUGGCCUGCUUCCGCCGCCUCCGCCGCUUCCUCUCAUGGCCGAUAGGUUCGAAGCACCCCGGCCGGGGCCGGGGCCGGCGUGGUCGAACCAGCCCCAGCCACAGCACAACGGGCAGCAUGAAGCGGAGGGGGAAUUUAGGAACCAGAUGCUAACCCUUCUGAUGAGGUGCAGGGACAUCGUCACCAAUGUCAACUCUUCCCUCGGCUAUGUACCUUACCAUCCCCUGUAGGAGCCUAUGAUGUUGGAAUCCGACAGCGCCCUUACAUGCGGCGCGGCGGCGGCGGCGGCGGCGGCGGCGGACGGACGGAUCCUCUUUAUCGCUGGUCUCUCCGUGGGCAUGAUUAGGAGAUGGUAGUGUAGCUGUUAGUGUUUGCUGUGCCGUCUGUGGAGAGUGUGAUAGGACAUUUGUGUUGCUUACAAGUGGAGAAUUACCAGUAUUGUAUGGAUAUUAGACAUCUACCGUUAUCGCUAUCUUCUGCUUCUUGUUUUAAAUUGCGAGGAUGCUCAUGGUGUUUUCUUUUC